CGCAACGCCAACCGAACACAAUUAUCGGUUUUCUCAAAAGCAUAUGAACCGCACCCACCACUUCCUUCGCGUUUCACAGCACACAAAGUGGAAACCACGGCCAAGCUAGAAUUGCCUGCAGACUAUACGCACAGCAUAUAGACAACAACGAUGAGCGCGAGGUUCCCCGUCCGUUGGAUGCUGUGUCACUAUCGAAUGCAGCAACAGUCUGGAUAUAACCUGUAUGGAACGCUCUAAUACAGUUCGCGUAUCUGGUUCAGUCAUCUAACCAUAGGCACGAUGAAUCUCUCCACGGACAUCAUUUACACGGGAUUGCUGCUCCUCUGCGUCAUGAUGGGACACUUCUUAUACAUUAUUCAAAGUGCUGGCAUGCGACGAAACUUCUGUACAGUCUUUGGCAUCAUCUUAGUGGUCAUUGUAUCGGGGUGGCAUACGGUACACCCGUUAACAAUGACCGUCGUCAAUAGCCUCAUCGUUAUCUACGUGCCAGUCAGGUUUCGUACGAAAUUGAGUUUUGUCUUCUCCUUCGGAUAUCUCAUAUUCUUCAAAUACCUUAAAAUGUAUAACAUUCAAACACCUCCUGAUAUUACAAACUGCAUUCAGAUGAUGUUGACCCUCAAGAUGGCAGGUGUCUCAAUUGAGCUUGACAUCCUACGAGAGAAACGCUCAAACCAAAAAGACGAAAAGUCCAAGGUAUGGGAUUAUGAGGAAAAUGACAUGAAUCUUACCCCACUGGACAUCUUCCACUACGCUUUCUGCUAUGUAGGCGUACUGGUUGGCCCAUAUUACCGGUACAGAACGUACAGGGACUUUAUAAGGGCACCCUAUGCAACAUCCGUCAAUCGUAUGGCACAUUGUCUGGACCGUAUAAAAGUUGUGCCUCUCUACAUCGUCAUUUGGUUUCUCGUCAACAUGUAUACCCCGGCAGAUUAUAUAGGCCAGGAUUCGUUCUACCGUGACCACGGACUGAUCUACAGACUGCUCUACUUGUGGCCAGUCUUUCUGAGCUUCCGAAUGCGUCUCUACACCGGCUUCAUCUUGGGGGAAUGCGGGUGCAUAGCCGCGGGCAUGGGCCUCUACCCUUCUGCAGCCAAUGCCGCCCCCGGUGCUGGACCCACAAAUCUGCCUGCACUCGUGGCUGUGUGUGACAAGAAGAACUUUUCACGAGAAGAGUUUGACUACCGGACCGUUUACAAUGUUGACGAAAGUGGAUGUGAAAUCAGCGUUACAGUGCGUGACGGGAUCCGUCACUGGAACAACACGGUACAAUAUUGGCUGGCUGUCUAUUUCUACAAGCGACUGCCUUUCAACAGAGCAUUCAGGGGGGUUCUGACGAUGGUACUCAGCUCCAUAUGGCAUGGCCUGCAGCCCGGGUACUUUGUCUGCCUCGUAUCCGCAUCUGCGUUCUUGGUGGCUGACCGGCACCUAGAACUGUGGACGCAAAGAUUCCGCGGCGUGCGCUACGUUGUGAGCCGUCUGCUACUGUGGCUCCUCAAGACUGAAGCCUUCACGUACAUGUUGGCUGCAUUCUUGUUGCUGGACGGAGUGCGUGUGUGGCGCUAUUAUAGCCACGUAUACUUUGUGGGACACCUCUAUGUCCUGCUCGUGAUCCUGUGGGGUCAGUUCUUACGAGACAGAUCGUAUGAUCCGCAAAAAAAGUGAAGUGUUGCUCCCAUAAUGUUUAUAGAAUUGUAAAGUAUUUGUACAAAUUCUGCAUGCUAUUAACUUGUGCCAAAGAUAACAUGGCAUACGAUCAUCA